AUGAAAAAAAUUUUUGGUCGAAAAAAAUUGAAAAAAUCGAAAUCGGAUCAACAUGAAAAGAUAGAUGAAAACUGUAGCAUCAAUGGGAUAACAACACUUGCAGCAAGUGGUACUUUCUGUCGUACAACCGGUGAUUUCAAAGAAUCGACAACUACAGAUGAAUGUCAUAGUUGUUUUGAUGCCACAUCGUCAUCGAUAGAAGAACGACAUUUUGAUGAAGAAUUAGAUAAACAUAUGAUGCAAACCAUCGCCGAUGUCAAAUAUGUCAAAAAGAGGCCUAAGUUUGUUGCGGUUGGUGAAGUGAAUUUUCAACGUGAAUGUUUGGAUGCUCAUAAUGCGGUAAGGGCACGAUAUGGAUGCCAACCAUUGGUAUGGUCUCAGGAAUUAUGUGAUUUAGCUCAUUCCUGGGCAGUUAAAUUGGCUGAACGAGGACGAAUAUUAUUUCCAGAAUUACAGGGAAUAGGCGAAAAUAUACGAUUAACAGUAGCAGAUGAACGAACUCAUCUACCUUCUGGUAAUGAAAUUACCGAAAUUUGGUGUCGAGAAGCAGAGGACUUCGAUUUUGAGAGACCUCGGUGGAAUCCCAAGACGCAACAUUUCACUCAAAUAGUUUGGAAGGAAACAUCUGAAAUGGGUAUUGCCAGACAGUGGAAUACCAGUACUAAUUGUGUUGCCACUGUUGCGAUGUAUCGUCCUUCCGGUGAAUUUCAAUUAAAUAUCCCAGCAAAAGUGUAUUUCGAUGAAACCCCAGUAUUAUCAAAUGCAGUAAUGCAUGGCACUUCAUCAAACAUAUCGCGACAAUUCACAACCGCUCAAGAAAAAUCGGUGAUCCAAAAUUUGCCGUCUUCCAGUGAUAAAUCGUAG